GAGAGCGAGAGAGGGAGCAAACGGGAGACGGUUCUAUGAACACCACAACUUUUCAUGUGAGUGGACCGAACCGGGCCGAGUCAGGAUCGCGCUACUCCCGCAGGUUCACAUCCCACCCCUCGCCUCAUGUGAACAACGGCAUUCGGUUCGAUCCGCGACCCGCCAUUUGACCCGUUUCUGGCAGGAAAGAGCGGCUUGUGUGUCAAUUGUUUGUGGGCAGCUAAGGACUCCAGCACACACGCACCCUGGCACUUGCAUUUUGAAAAUGUUGAUCUACUAACCACAUACUGGGUUAAAUGACUGAGUGACAGAUUGCAUGGACCAGACUGAACAUGAAGAGCCUCAAAGCCAAGUUUCGAAAAACUGAUGUCAACGAGUGGAACAAGAAUGACGAGCGCUUGCUUGCUGCCGUGGAACACGGCGAGGUGGACAAGUUGGCAUCGCUGCUUGCCAAGAAAGGCGCCAGUGCUGUGAAGCUUGACAGCGAGGGAAAAUCAGCUCUUCACGUCGCUGCGUCUCGUGGGCAGAUCGAGUGUCUCAGCGUGCUGCUAUCUCACGGUGCCGACUGGUCCGUCCCAGAUGCUGCAGGUUUAGGUCCGUUACACCUGGCUGCCAAAAACAACCACGUGGAGUGUUGCAGGAAGUUAAUCCAGAGCAAAUGUCCUGUGGAUUGCGUGGACGGUUCAGGAAAGACGGCCUUACAUCAUGCCGCGGCUGGUGGGAAGAUCCAGGCGGUCCAACUCCUCUGUGAACUCAAAAGUCCCAUCAACCUCAGAGAUGCAGACGGACUCACGCCGCUGCUGCUGUCAGCCAAACACGGUCACGCCGACGUGUGCUGCACUUUACUGGACCUUGGUGCUGAACUCCACAUUCCAGACAACAACUGCAGAACUGCCUUGAUGCUCGCUGCAGAGUGUGGUUCUGUGUCUGUGGUUGAUGCGUUGGUUCAGCGAGGAGCCGACUUGACAGCUCUGGACUCUCAAGGUCACGAUGUUCUGCACUUCUCCAAACUGGGCGGAAACUCUGAGGUCAACGCAAGUCUCACUGUGGCACUGAAUAGACAGGCGAGCUCAGGUACCAAGUCUCCCAAAAGUCCUCUGCAUGAUCAAGUAGCUAAACUAAGCGAUGAGCGGCUCACAACUCCUAAAAAACGAAAAGCCCCUCCACCUCCCAUUAGCCCACCGCAGAACUCUGGCCCAAACUCUCCUGCAGCGGUCAACUCUACUGGGACUCCAACGUCCAACAAGAGCGACACCCAAAAACCAUUCAACUACAAGCAGGAGGAUGAGGUGGGAGAUGAGUAUGAGAAGCGACAGCAGGAGAGGAACAUGCUGCUGGCCGGUGAGGACAUGAAGCAGACGGUGGAACCGACGGUGACGGGUCCGGAGCUGGACGUGAAGGUGGAGCGAGCAGGAGCUGCACACGCUGCUCUGCAGGCCAAGAUCGCAGAGCUCACUCAGGAGAACCGACAGCUGAGCAGCAUGUUCAAGAAACAUCUGCAGCUUCAAGGAAAAGAAUGUUCAAAUGAUGAUCACAUGAACUCCAACGCCUCCUUCCACUCCGUCCAAGAUGAGUUGGCGACCCCGACAUGCCCAUCCUACCUGGCAGGGAAUAAUAGCGCAGCCACCAUGUCAGAUCUAGGAGAGGCAGAAGAGAGUGAGCUAGGAAGAGCAGGGGGCUGGGAGGAGAUUAGGCUGCUGAGACAAGCACUGGAGAGUGUUCAGAUGAAGCUGCUGGAGUCCAGGAAGGAGAAUCGAUCUCUUCAGGCUCAACUGAAACCAGAGCAAGGAGCAGGUGGGGAGGAUGAAAGUGGGAGGGUGAAAGGUAGAGAGGAGGAGUUGAUGGAGAGCCUUGCUGAACUGCAAGCCAAACUGACAGACACUCAGGAGCGAUACCACCAGGCUCUGGAGGAGGUGGAGGGGCUGAGAGCACAGAUGGGAGGAGAAGGAGAGCCCACUGAGAGACAGGAGGAGAAGAGAGGCAUGUUGGAGGAGGAGCUGAGACGCCUGAAAACCCGGCUGGCUCAGUUUGGGUUGGAACAGGAGCAAGCAGCUCAGCAGAUCAGACUUCUGCAGGAGGAGAGGCGACGGCUGAAGGAGGAGGAGCAGCGAUCGAGUCAGGUGGAGGAGCUGUACAAGGAGGCGCAGGAGGAGAUCAGGAUGCUGCAGGAAGCUCUGCAAGGAACAGUUCCCGUGGAGGCUGCGGCCAAAGACUUUGAGGAAAUGAAGGCAGAACUCAGCGAGGUCAACUCCGGACUGCAGCGCCGCCUGCUGGAACUCUCACACUCCUACAGUGAAGCCAAAAAUCAGCUCAGCACUGCACAGAAACAGCUGGCUGAGGCGCAGGCUGACACCAGUGGCUCGUCGUCGCCAUCUUCAGGACAACAAGCUGAUGCGCUGAAGCUCAGACUGGAGGAGCUGCAGGCGCUGCUGGCUGAAGCAGAGAAGAAGAACUCAGCGGCGCAGCAGGAGAUCUCUCAGCUGAGGCAGGAGGCCGAGGCUCAGGCGCAGAACAGCAUCGCCCUUGCAGACCACUUGCAGGUCAUGUCGUCUCUGGGGAACGCCAUCAAAGAGCUGGAGAGCCAGGUGGAGGCUCUGACGGAGCAGCUGCAGCAGAAGACUCUACAAGUGGAAUCUCUGCAGAAGAAGUUACCGGUGGAGAGUGAAGUCAACUCAGAGGAGUCCGUCUCCAGCGCUGAUCACAUGACCAUGAGGCAGCAGCUGGAGAGCGAGGUGAAUGAUGUGACGCAGCUCCUACAGGAGGCGCUCCGGAAGCAGGACGACAUGGCUCUGGAGGCGGCCGGAGCCUGGCAGAAGGCGCGCGAGAGUCGCGCAGAGUGUGAAGCCCUGCAGGAGGUGGUGAAGACGACUGAGGACAAGAACCAGAGUCUGACCUCCAGACUGGCUGAGUCCCAGGAUGCCGUCUGUCAACUGAAGCAGGUGGUGGAGAAUCACGUCGCCUCCGAGCGAGAGAAGAACAAGAGGAUCGACGACCUGUCCCGGGAAGUAGGGAAGCUGAAGGACGCCUUGAACAGCCUCUCGCAGCUCUCCUACUCGUCCAGCUCGCCCUCCAAGAGGCAACAGCAGAGUCAGCAGCUGGAGACGCUGCAGCAGCAGGUCAAACAGCUGCAGUACCAACUGGCGGAAUCAAAGAAACAGCAUCAUGAGAUCGUGUCGGUCUACAGGAUGCACCUGCUCUAUGCCGUUCAGGGCCAAAUGGAUGAGGACGUCCAGAAGGCCUUAAAGCAGAUCCUGAUGAUGUGCAAGAUGCCAAGUCCAACUAAGGAGGCCUGUUGACUCGUGCCGCUGCUCUACCUUCAAGUAACAGCUGCUGCUGCAACAUCCAGAUUGCCAUGCUUAAGUCUGGUGCAGCUGAAGUUCAUCACUGUUUCAAAGUGCUUCAGCCCAGCAAGCCAGCAACCUCAGUCAACAUAAUAACUGAGUACUACCAAGAGCAGUGACCUUAACUGACCUGUUGCGGGUCAAACAUCCACGCCAUGCAGCCCAGCGGCCUCAAUUUUUAACGGUGCGCACAGGUGUUGUACACUUCUUCUGGUUUUCAUGAAGAAACAGCAAACUUGAUGUGAUAAUGUGAACAGGGGAGACAGCAAAAAAAAGAAUGGAACGUAGCCAAGUGAUCGAGAGGCAGAGGGGAACAUUUUGUCAUUUACAGUGUUGGUGACUGUAAAAACGCUAGUUUUUAAUCAUGAGGAGCAAAUCUCUCUCCAAUCCAAGCCGUCCUGACGCGGUCCGUCUCUUCAUAUGUCCGGCCAGAAAGUGCGACCUGAGUUCCGCGAGCAACAACUUUCUGGGUUUUUCCAUGAAAGACAUGGAAAAAAAACAUCAUGUUCAUGUCCACCUCCGCGAUGUGCUAUCCAUUGGUUUUGAUGUGUUUUAAUACGUUUGAACACGUGACGUUUUAUCUUUAAAAAGACAUUUUUUUUGUGAUGUGCAGAUGGGCAGAAACCCUGCAGCAGGUGGAUGGAAUCAAAGAAACCGUGUGAAAGUGAUGCGUAUGAGUGAAGUGGAUAGAUGCUACACAUUCUGCAGCACAUAAUAAAAACGAAAUAAUGCAUAUGUAGUUCAUACCAAUGCCCUGUGCAAUGCGCACGUGUCUAUUACUGUGAAAGGAAUAAGGAAUUCCUCCACAUAGUUAAUGUCACUCUCACUAAGGUCACUUCGAAAUGUGCUGUGCUGCACAACACAGCGUGUCCCCAUGUGUGACUCUGAGGAUGUGUACGAGGAGACGUUCUGACUUAUUCACAAGUUGCUUCAAUGAUGUCCAUCAGGUCACUUUGGAUGUCCCGCAUCUCCUCAGUUACAACGGCGAUGGAAGAGAGCCUCUAUGCAGAAAGGCAUAAAGCAAAAUAUUGUUUGACUUUGGAUAAGUUGUGGUGAACGGCGUCUCAAAGGUACAUUUUACGUUUGAAAUUUGAAAGUUUGUUUCCCCUCUGUCUCCGUUCCAUGACAGUGGUGUGCCGUAUAGCCAAGUGGGGUGUUCCAUGACCUUAUAUGGGCGUAAUCUGGGCAAAGUAAAACGCGUUCUUGUGUACGACAGGCUUCAGGAUAGGUUGUGAUUUAUAAACCGAAACAGACAGAGGACGUGUGUACAAACGCUUUUAUAAAUCUGGAAGUUUUAGUGUGCAGGCCAACGGUAGAGUGCUUUCCUUGGCACAGUUUUAUAAAUGAGGCCUCAGGUGCGCUGGCACGGCAGUUUCAAAGUCUAUUUUGAGAGACGACUAUUUCAUUCACUCUCCGACUGUUAAAAAGUUUUCCACUUUAAAUUAUUUGUGUCCUUGCUACCGUGCAUGCAACCUUUUCUAAACCCAAAUAUUGGUGUCAGUGAAGACCAAGCAUGCUGGCGUUUCUCUGGUUUUGUAGCACAGGUGUGGUUUACUCAAUUGUUUUCAUUUAAAGGCUGUUUGGCCUUAUUCUUAAAAUCUUUUCAUCUUAGAGUACAAAGGAGCACAACUUGUUUUAAUCGUGUGCCAAGUUUCUUAAUUCAUGUGAGCGGAUGGAAAUAUUUGUCUUUAAAGGAAGGCAGGAAUAAAAGGACAGUUAUGAAAGAACACUCUGAAAACAUCCUGCACUAUUAAAUUAUUUUUGUUACGUUUUUUUUUUUUUUUUUUCACGAAACCAACUUGUUCUUGUGCCUCUGUCACACACGCUGUGGCGAGUCCAGCUGCAGCAGCACUUGUCUGAUGUCAUCUGAACCAACUUGCCAAGUUGCACCAGGAGUCCAAACCACUUCCACCUUGCCUUUGUGCUGACCAGGAGCCGCUCGCUCAGGUCUCAUGGUCUCUGAACUAAAUCUGUUUCUUGUCUGUUACUCAGGAUGUUUUGGCUCUGGUUGUUGGUAAAUUAGACGGUUUGCAUGUUCCGUUUCAUAUUUUGGAGAACGCAGAUAUGACUUUGUGCCAUGACUGAAAGAACUUUGUACUGUGAAAGGAAACGACACCUUUCAGUUUUGUACUAAUUUAAAGUUGCUUGUUCGAUUUGUCCACAGGAAUAAACAUUUUAAAUAG